UAAGUACAUAUGUAAAGUACAUAUGUACAUCUUCUUCACUACACAUGCCACCUAAAUGUUAAUAAAACGGAAAAUAUUGAGAGAGCUUGAGCUCGAAGUUUAAAUAAACAUUUGAACGUUAGAAAUACGCUUGGUAAUUAAAUGUGCCCUGAAACUAAUGUGAUGUCGUCUAUGUGUGAUGGCGGGUAAAGAGUUAGUAGGCUAUCAACAGCAGUUUGUUGAAGAAAUUAACUACGAUGAAAUCGAAACAGAGCAGAUAGUUGGAAAAGGUUCUUUUGGAGUAGUAUGGAAAGGAAAAUGGAAAGGGCAAUACGUUGCAGUAAAGUACAUCAAUUCAGAAGGUGAAAGAAAGGCCUUUACAGUGGAAGUUAGACAAUUGUCAAGGGUUGUGCACCCUAAUAUUGUUAAACUAUAUGGUGCCUGUACUAAAAAUCCAGUCUGCUUAGUAAUGGAAUAUGCGGAAGGCGGAUCCUUAUACAAUGUUCUACAUUGUAACCCUCAGCCACAAUAUACUGCAGGUCAUGCAAUGAGUUGGGCUUUACAGUGUGCCCGUGGUGUUGCAUAUCUUCACAAUAUGAAACCAAAGCCUUUAAUUCACAGGGAUUUAAAACCACCAAAUUUGUUACUAGUUAUGGGUGGACAGACUCUUAAAAUUUGUGACUUUGGCACAGCUUGUGACUUAAAUACAUACAUGACAAACAACAAAGGCUCUGCUGCUUGGAUGGCUCCAGAAGUAUUUGAAGGUUAUAAAUAUACAGAAAAGUGUGAUGUAUUUAGUUGGGGUGUCAUUCUGUGGGAGAUAUUGUCAAGGAAGAAACCAUUUGAUCAAAUUGGUGGCUCAGCAUACAGAAUAAUGUGGGCAGUGCAUAUGGGACAGAGACCUCCUUUGAUUGAAGGCUGUCCAAAACCAAUUGAAGAUCUUAUGACUAGGUGUUGGCAUAAGUCUCCUGAAGAAAGACCAUCAAUGGAUGUUGUAGUAGAAAUAAUGACAACAUUAUCACAAUUUUUCAGUGGUCAUUUAGAACCUGUCGAAUAUUCUGCCAGUAUUGAAUCAGAAGAAGUUAAUGAUAAUCAUGUCCCUAAAGACGAUACCUUAGAUGUAUCUGGUACCCUGGAUUCUCAAAUAAAUGGAUACACUCCUAAUGGUACAAUUAGAGCAAAUGCUCCUAAAGAAACAUCGAAACUUCCAAAUGGGAAAGAUAAUUUAUCAAAUCCCUUCCGUAAUAGUUGUAAAAAUAAUUCAUUAGACAACGCAUGCAGUAAAAAGCUUCAAAACAAACAUUUUCCACCACUUCAUAUUGAAUGUGAUCAGAAUACUUGGGAAUUACCAUGUCCUGAUCCACAAAUAGACUCGCCGGUCCUGAGGACGAAAACCACUGUUCAGAGUAACAGCACAACUAAUGAAGAUUUGGACAAUGUUUAUCGUUUAUUGGAUGCUGACUUGAGACCACUCACACCAGAUCAAACUUGUGAGAGAUCAAAAGAAAUUUUUGAGGAACAUAAGCAGCUUGCACAAGAGUAUUUAAAAGUUCAAACAGAAAUAGCUCUCUUGGGACAACACAAAAACGAAAUGCUUAAAAAUUUAACUUUGGACAGUCUAAGGCAGCAGGAAGAACUUAGAAAACUCGAAGAUGAGAAGGAAUCUUUGAUCAAGUUGUAUCGAAAUUUAAAACGGCAAUUAGAAAUAAUGAAAAAUCAAAGAAUGAAUAAUGCCUUGAAUGCGCAAAUGGUAGGUCCUGCAGUUUCAGGGAAUAAUGGAUGGUUUGUGAUACCAUGUCAAGAGCCUUCGAGACACUCCUGAAUAUCCAUAUUAUUCACUAUAUAGUAAAGCAAUGAGAUCGUUCGUAUUUCUCAAUCAACAAUAAACAAGGAUAAAUUAUCACCUCUGAAUAUGAUAAGAGUGGUUAAGAAAAAGAAGGAAAAAGUAUCGAUUUCAAAGAAAGCUUGAAAAUAUGAUGGAUAUCUUAUGAUAUCCAAACAGUUUUAAUUAAAUAUUAAAUUACUGCUUUCUUGCAUUUGAUUGAGACUACCGUUAAGAUUUCAAAAACAUUUAUAGGAAGCUCUAAUAUUUUCCAUGAAAACAGUAUGGAAAAUAAGUUUUAUUAUGUUGUCCGUAUUUAUUGUAAUUAUUCCAAGUUUUUAAUGUAUUUGUUUCAGACUAACGACACAUAAGCGUUUCGUGAAAACAUGUUUUACAUAUGUACUUUGCUAAAAAAUUUUUAUGAAGAAUUUUAUUUUAAAUAGAAUUAUAUAUAUAAAUGCAUUUUACUUUUGCAAUAUUUUAAAAUAUCGCUGUAUUGUCUUUAAUAGCUAAUAAUAUGAAAAGUCCCCAUAUUAUAUCGGUUAAAGUACAAUUGAAGUCGUAGUAUACUGUGUAUAUUAAAUAAGUAAUAAAGUGGCACUUGCGUGUCUUGUGCCUGAUUUUGCACGAUGUAGGUCAAACAUGUGAAAACAAUUGAUUUUGCGUGACACCUGUAAAAUUAGUACCUUAUUGCAUAAUUGGUAACACAUAACAGUGAUUAACAGGUAUUAGUUAACUGUCUGCGACAUAGUGAUUAGCACAGGUUAUUUGUAUAAGGUUUAACUGUGGUAAAAUUAAGGAUGUAUCUUAUCGUUAUUUUACUGUUUAAAUACUAUCAGCCAGCAAUUCAAUCUCGUCAUUACAAAUAAUUUAUACAGUCACUUACUUAUUGAAUUACUGAUACAAUUAUUAAGUAUUAAUAAUUAUAUUUCAGUUACUCAUAAUAGAAUUCGUCCUUUAUAUAAAGGAUAAUUUAUAAUUUAUUUUGAAUUGUUUCCUUACUUUAAAGAAAGCAUGUAUCUAUCAACUAAAUGUGAGUAUAAUUGAAGACUUGAAUUUUUGUCCUCCAUAUGAAAUAAUUAUUGACCUAUAUUUCACAAAUGUUUACUUCUAUGCGAACAUAUAAUAUUCGCAACAAAAUUGUUUUUGUAUUUCUCCCACGUCUAGCUACAUAUAUCUUUUUCUACUUGCUAAUGGGGCCGGUUGAUGCUCAUAAAGAAAACUUCAUUCACGAUGAUGCAAUUCCUUUUUCUAUUUUUGUAUAUGUUUAUAGAUCCCCAAGAUAUUCUUAAACAAUUUGUAAACUAUAAUUUAAGAAUUUUACGAUUGAAUUAUGGCAUGUACAAAAUUUCAUUUUUUUUUUUUAAUUUGUACUACAUAUUUUGAGGUUUUUGUAAAAACUGACUCUGUUAAUAAAUAGUGUGAUUAUUAUAGAA